UAUUUUUCUUGAAAAUAUUUUUUAUUGACAGUUUUAUCAUAUUAAUUUAUGAUCAAUUAUCCAAUAGUAUAAUUGCAUAUAUCUUUUAAUUAAUAACCCAAAAUAUCAUGAUAAUAAGAAUAAGAAAAGAAAAAUAUUUAUUGUUAAUAUAUUUAACUAAUAACCCAAAAUAUCAUCAUAAGUAUAUAUAAUUAUAUUAUAUUUUAAAUAAUAGUACAUAUAUAGAUUGGUGGAAUUUUUAUAUCUAUUUAUUGAUUCAUUAUCUUAAAUAUUAUGAUAAAUAUAUUUAAAUAUGUUUUUUAAUAAUAAUAUUAAUUGGGCUAAUUGGACUAAUGAUUUAUUAUAAAAUCAUGGAAAAAAUGAUAAAUAUGCAAAAUCUCUUCUCAAAUUAUAGUAUAGAUAGAUUACGUUUCUCAGGUACUUUAUGUAUAAAUUGUCUUGGUUAAUAUAAGCUUAGGGUGUUAAUUAACUUAAAAACAUACUAACACAACUAAAUUCUUAUGAUUUUUAGGUUGCUAUACAAAACUACCCAAUAAACACUAACUUUUCUUAAUGUUUUAAAUAAUAAUAUACUUUCUCUAGUAUACACCUAACGUUUCUCUAGUUUUCAUGCAACUUAGAAAACUUUGGGGUACGUAAUAGCAUCCCCGUCUCUAGAACGAGGGAGGAGGAUACUCUAAGUAAUAUAAUGGAAAGCUAGUUGCAAAAAAAAUAUAUAUAUAUAAUGGAAAGCUUACCAGGCCACAUCUGUAUGUAUUGAAAUCGAUACCAUUGAUGAAUCAUACUCAAUCAUCCAUGAGUUUCCAUCAUCCAUUCCUUUAUUUGAUUGAGACAUAUGGGGAUCCCUUUACAAGAAUUUCUUUAGAAUAUAUAAAAGAUUUUGGCUUAAAACACUAGAAUAUAUAUAACCAUUAUGAAAAGCUGAAAAUGGAAUCGGAUAUUUUGUGUAUAUUUUUAUUCGGCUAUUAAGUAGAAUAUAUAUAAAAAAGAUUUUGGCUAAAAAUGGAGGGUGUUAUAUAGAAAAAAAUCCUUAACUUCUCACAGUGAGAUGUAUAUUCAUAAUCCUUUUCUUUAUCUGCAACAUCAACAUUUUUUAUUUAUAAAAUUGAAAAUUUAUAUCCUUUUCUAAAAUGAAAUUCUCUAAAUUCCACCAAAUCAAAACUAUGUUAAGACUUUUGGUCAAAACAUGAGUGAAAAAUCUGAGGUUAAAAAAUGCAUACACUUUGAUGUGAAAAGUAGCAAAAUUACUUUUUACAUAAUAUAACAAAAUCACAUUUUGACUGAAAAAAUAGAACCAUGCGGAGCACAAGAGGGUAUGGAAGUAUCAGCAAGCAAGAAGAAAAAGAGAAGAAGCAAUGGCCAAAACGCAUAGCAGUGUUGUUUCAUACUGAUUCAACAUGGUAAAAAGCUUGUACCAUUUUUUUAAGAAAUUAAACUUGAGUCGCAUAUUUGUCAUUCAUAUCUAGCAAAAGCUUGAACUGUGUUUUUGUUCUCCUAAGAGUACGAAGUUUUAUAAAAUUAUUAAGCUUCACUUUACAGUGGAUAUUUUGUUGCCUAAUUGAACGAAAUUCAGACAUUCCUUCAUCCUAAUCUCUGCCUAUCUGUAAAUUUAGUGUUACUUAGGAAAAAGAUAUUUGUAGAUUCUUCGAGAUGUGAUCAUGUGAAUUAGAUUGAUGUUUUGAUACUUGCCUCCCCAAGACUCCUCAAUAUUUCCGUUUUAAUGUAAGCGAGUAACAUUCACGAAACAUUCUAAUUGGUGAUUAGUUUUAUUAGAAAAAAGGAAAGAACAAAAAUCAACUUGAAGCGAGUUUAUAAAAGCAAACCCUACGCGGAGAGAGUGUGACUUGUUUCUUCUCCACAACGCAACAUAGAAAGUUUAUAGACUCAAAAACCUCUCUGGCUUAGGGUUUAGUUUCAUCAGAAUGGUGAAAAGCGGAGGAGGAGGCACUAAGAGAAAGAUCGAUAAGAUGGAAAAGAUCCCGAAGAGAGAGUAUCGCGCGACUACUUUCUCCAAACGUUGUUCCGGACUUUACAGCAAAGCCGCGCAGCUCUGUCUUCUCGCCGACGCACAGAUAGCAAUCUUGGCGACUCCUCCUUCUUCGCAGUCCAACGUCUCUUUCUUCUCCUUUGGUCACUCUUCCGUGGAUGCCGUCGUGAAUGCUUAUCUCACGGGACAGCGUCUUGCUCCUGUUAGGGAAGAGCCGAUGGAAGAGGACAUUGGUGUAUGUAUGGCUCGUAAGGAACUAGGGUUAGAGUUGUGGUGGGAGAAGGAGAGUCUUUGUGAAUCAAAGGAUCCUCGAGAGUUGAUGGACGCUGUCAAGGCCAUGGAGAGGAUGUUGAGUAAACUGCGUUCUGGAGACUUUGUUAGUGAUGAAGAAGACCUGAUCAAGAGCAGCGAGAUCAUGGCGAAGAGCGACGUCGUUUUACACCAAGGAACUCAAGAACCGGAUGAAACCCUAGAUAUCCAAGCAGUUUGUUGCGUCCCUGGUGAUGAUUUACCUCAUGAGGGUUUUGACAAGAUCACUGAAGUGCAAGAUCAGAUACUCGCUUUAUGUGCCACGGACAACAACAUAAACGGUUUAAGUGGAUCAGGCUUGGAUGUGUACAGUCAAGAGGUGGAUAUUGAUGAACUGAUAGAUUGGACGACUUUUGAAAGUUCAGUAUUCGAUGAUGGUGUCUUGGAUAGCACUCAAGAGCAUCAGGGGAGUCUUUUGAUGAACUUCGAAGCUGCUGCUCAUGAUGUCUCCACGAACCCAAAUCCUCCCAUGUCUGUCUCUGAAGGUGUUGAAGAGGAAGCUUUGGUGUUUCAGAACAAAGCUGCUAAUGAUGUCUCCACGAUGAAUCCAGAUGAUCUUAUCUAUGAUUUUGAAGGUGUAGUUGAAGAGGAAGGCUUUGUGUUUCAGAACAGUGUUUUGGAUGAAGAUAAUCUCCAGUUCAGAGAUUAUUUCAACUAGUUAACCACCGUUGCUGCUAUUUGGACAUAACAAGUUUAUUUUAGUAACUUCUGAUUGUUUUCUUUAUGUAAUAACUUCCACGUUUGUGUGUAAGAGACUAAGAGUAGAGAUUGGUUCGGUUGAUUCUUAACUUCGAGAACUGUCUUAACAAUGUAAUAAAGGGCCCGGUUUGAUCUUGAUCAUGCUUUCAUUAUUGUGGAAAUUGAUUGAAAUCAAACCGGUUCAGCUUCUGUUUGGAUUACUAAUGAUUAAAUUUUCAGUUCAUAUGUUUUUGUAUCUAUAUUAUUAAAGUUGAAGUAUACAUUGAGAUUAUUUGGCAAUAUAGAUAGUAGUUAAAAAAUAGUACUGUUUGGAAACAUAGAUAGCAGUAGGUUAGAAAAAAAAAAUGGGAUUAUGCUACUAAAAAAUUGGAAGUUCAUUACAUUAUAUUAAAAAGU